AUGCUCCGCCGCAACCUGGUCCUUGACCUGAGCACCGCUUUCGACGCUCUCGUUGACCAGGCUUCGGUACUACCUUCGGCUACCUCUGGUGGUACGGUAAGUGAUUAUGACCUCAACCCAACUUAUCGCAUGCCCACCACGACCUCUACUAACACUCUCCUCCCUUUCCUCGCAGGUUUCCACCUUCCCCGUGUUCGCGAGCGUGAUACCUACUACACUCGCCUGGAGCAGGAGCGCGCCGAGGCCCGCGAAUAA